UUGCGACAGUUUCCAUAGUGAUUUACUUAUUCACGUAAGUAUAAUGAUCAAGGUUUUAAAGCGCGAAUUUAAGAAAAUUUAAAAAUAAAACUGGCAACGUUCAAGUUGGAAAUAUGAAGUUUCUAUAUGACGUUUAUAUGACGUUAUAUGACGCUAUAUGACUUUCAAAAACCAUAUCUGUUUAUUCCCAGUAAUUAGUAAAAUAUACUACUCCAUAUAUCAAGAGAUUCGCAAGAAUGGCGUCAGAUCUCUCAUACAUUGACGUUCCCGAAAAUUGCCAGCCCAAUAAAUUGUUUAAACAAUGGGCUGACGAUUAUAAGACGAAUACGCGUUCAGGAAUGGUCUUUUUUAACUUAGCCACAUCAUUCAAAAACGGGGAUGUGGCUAACAGAACUUUGGCGCUCCAAGAGAUUUCCGAUGAUGAUGGUCUAAUUUUUCAUGCCAAAUUCAAUAGCUUGAAGGUGAAACAAAUAGAAGAGAAUCCUAAAGUUUCUGCAAGUUUUUUGUUUACAUAUACAAAUGAAACAUCUAAUAAGAGAAUAUCACAACAGGUUCGAAUGAAGGGCCUUAUAGAGAAACUGCCCGCAUCUUACAGCGAAAGGAUAUUUGAAAAACAACCAUUGUACGCUAAAAUUCGAAGCAUCCUUCUUGAAGAACAGGGUGUUCCAGUGUGUUGGGAAGAGCUAAAGAAGAACCACGACGAUCUAUUGAAUAAAGUAAAUAAAGGAGAGAUUGAGUUGAAAUCACCAAAACAAUUGGUCUUAUACAAAAUUAUACCUGCCGAGUACGAUUUCUACCACGCCAAUGAGAAUGAAAUUGGAGACAGGAUACUUUUUUCCAAAUCCAAAGAUGAUGAGUGGGAUCAUUAUCAUAUAUUAGUGCUUAGAUAG